AUGUUCACCAGAAACGGCGUUGUGGGGAGCAAGGCAGCUUGGGCAGUGCAGAACGGCGCUCGGUCUGGCAGGACAGGCGCAGGUCUAUCUCCGAGCCAUCACUCUCCCAAUGCAGGAGCAAAGGAAAAGAGGGAGUCUGAUCGGCAAUUCUUGAUCUCUGUUCUUGAAUCGUCAGCGACCAAGCGUGACGCUAAGGCCUAUCUUCAGACCUUCGGCUCUUCGCGGACAGGUUCCGGUCCGAGGAAAACGCCCGCAUUUACGACUAUCCUGCAUGACAACAUCCGUGGCACCACCGGUGUACCACGCUUUCUCCAGGGUCCGGUGCGGGUUUCCGUGGCCGACACCAGUGAGGUACCGCAUAUCGCCAUUGUGAAGCUUAGAGAGCCACAAGCAUGGGAUGACACUCUGCUCGACGGGGUCGCGAAGACUCUUACCCGACUCAGGGAUCUAGGUUUGGGAAGCGUGAUUGUUCUCGAUUGCGAUCCAGCCGGAAACCCAGGCCCUCUUUGGCAGAAGGCCGUUUCCCAGCAGGCAGACCGCAUACUCAAGGCAAUUGGCCGCUGCGGUUCCCCAGGAGCGAAACUGGUUGGAUCGGGAAUAUGGAAGGCCGGCGGACCACGACAGAAGCUUUCCUCGGUCGGCUGUCCAAACCUCUUCGUGGGGUUCGGCAAGGCCUUUACUACGCCUCUCAAACACGGCCACAUGCUCGUGGUGCCGCCAUACGCGCUAUGCGACGAGACCCUUCGGUAUACGGCAGCUGACGCUAAUGAGAUCGUUCUUGCCUUGACGAAUUUCUUCUCUGGUUUGCAGUUCGAUACACAUUCAUCGAUUGAAGGUCAGCAGGGAGCCGGUGCCGACAGCCGUCCGGUUCGAGAGGCUCUGGUGGACAGAAUUAUCGUCAUCGAUCCCUUCGGUGGCAUCCCCUCGACCAAUCGAGUAGACGGCGCAAGGGUGUUUGUCAAUCUGGAAGAAGAAUUUGAACCGGUGUACGAGGCUCUCGCUGCCAAUGAGCGAUCCGAAGACCUGCCGGCCACAUCUGGACUCUCGGGCAAUUUCAUGACGAAACAUGCCGAGAAUCUAAAGUUGGUUAAGAACACCCUUGCGAUACUCCCAUCAACGGCCUCAGCAGUAAUAACCAGCCCAGCAGAGGCUGCUAACCUCAGAGCGCCAUCGCUCGAGGCCCCUAGGGCGGAUGUUGGACAAUUUGCGGGGGAGGUCAAGACCAGAAGGUGGCAGAACCCGCUGAUACACAAUCUUCUCACUGACAGGCCCAUCUACUCGGCCUCCUUACCGAUAGGCAGGAUCAAAGCUGCCACCCAUGACACCCAACUCACGCCCCCGAUGCCAACCACAACACUCGCGAAGAAAGGCCUGCCGGUGACAAUCUUCCCGGAUCCCCGCGCAGGCCCUUGGGUACCUCCUGUACCAGGAACACCCCGCUUGAGACUGACUGACACGUGCAUCGACCUGCCUCGGCUGGUCCAUCUUAUCAACGACUCGUUCAACCGCAAGCUCGACGUCGAGCACUAUCUCCGCCGCGUUGAGGGUAGCCUCGCGGGGAUUAUCAUUGCUGGAGAGUACGAGGGCGGGGCUAUCCUGACGUGGGAGAAACCGUUCGGGAUGGACCAAAAGACGGCCUACGAAGCCGGCCGUCUGGUCCCUUACCUGGACAAGUUUGCUGUGCUUAAAAAGAGCCAGGGGGCUGGGGGGGUAGCAGACAUUGUCUUCAACGCCAUGGUGCGUGACUGUUUACCCCUAGGGGUCUGCUGGCGAAGCAGGAAGAACAACCCGGUCAACAAAUGGUACUUUGAACGGUCCUGUGGCGCGAGGAAGCUGGCGGACAGUAACUGGGCGAUGUUCUGGACUAACCUCGCGGCGGCGACCAAUGAGCAGCUCAUGAAGGACUAUGAGGAUGUUUGCAGGAACGUGGUGCCGUCGUGGGAGGACAUGAAGCCUGCUGAUUAG